AGAGAUCCCUAGAAUCUGGAAAAAGAGGGGAAAAAGAUGAGGCCGAUGCCGAUGGAAUACGUGACUGAUCCGGACGAUCAAGGUUCAGCCAUGGAAGUCGACGACGUCGAUUCAAUUGAUAUCUUAGGAGAAGGCGUAAUGGGGACCGACAACAAGCUCGCCGAUGCCGAUUUCUUCAACAACUUCGAAGACGAUUUCGAUGACUCCGAUAUCAACUGAAAAACAAAUAAGAAGAAUCCCUUAAAGUACACAUCUAUCUUUUCUAUCGCUUAUUAGGGUUUAAAUUCUCCUACUGUUUGUUAAAUUUAGUCGGAUUUGAACUAUGGAUGUUAAUCGCAUGCGUAUCGUGAUACUGUAGUGU